AUGGGGACGCUCGACGAAGGCCACCCCGAAUCCGUUCCGCUGACUCGACAGCGGUCAGGAUCUCUCGCCUCUCAGACAUCCGACGACUCCGGCUUAUCGAUUGCCUCCGCGGCCUUCAUGGAGAACCACAAGCGUGCCAAUAAUAUACCGAUGGAGGAAGGGGACGAUGAGAGAUAUCGCGAUAUAGAAGAUGGGGGAGACCAUGACUCGGACGUACCUUUAUUAAACAGCGGGAAGAAAGCAAGCCCCUCAAGUCGGCUGCGUCAGAUCGUUUGGUUGCUCGUGGUGCUCUGCGUGGGCGGCUGGGUGCUUGCAUUCGGACUGUUCCUCACGCAGAAGCGGCCCGAGACCGCGGCGUUGUCAUCGGUUUCAACGGUUGAAAUCCAUGAGCCAGACUCAGCUACUGGGGGUACGAGCUACGGGAAACCGGUGACACUCGAGCAAGUUCUGACAGGUGACUGGCUGCCGCGGUCUCACGCAAUCUCCUGGAUCGCAGGCCCCAAUGGCGAAGAUGGUCUUCUCGUUGAGCGGGGCGAGAAGCAGGAUGCUUACUUGCGAGUAGAAGACAUUCGCCAUAGCAAGGAUGGCGCUGAGAGCCUCGAUACCAGAGUGUUGAUGAAGAAAGGCUAUAUUUGGGGCGAUGGCACCAUUGUCACUCCAGCUAAGACCUGGCCGAGUCCUGAUUUGAAAAAAGUCUUGAUAAUGUCUGACUCCCAACAUAACUUCCGGCAUUCGUACUUCGGAAAAUAUUGGAUUCUCGAUGUGACGACACAGAAGGCUGAGCCGUUGGAUCCUCAGAAUCUUAGUGCGCGUGUACAGCUUGCUGUCUGGGCACCCACUUCUGAUGCAGUCGUGUUUGUUCGAGAAAACAACCUGUUUUUGCGCAAACUGGCCUCGGAAGAGGUCAUUCCUAUUACCAAGGAUGGUGGUGACAACCUCUUCUACGGUGUCCCAGACUGGGUAUAUGAGGAAGAAGUUUUCGCAGGCAACACAGGAACAUGGUGGUCCACUGACGGAAAGUUUGUCGCGUUCCUUCGCACAAACGAGACGGCGGUGCCUGAAUACCCUAUUCAGUACUUCCUUUCUCGGCCUUCAGGCAAAGACCCCCUGCCAGGCCUUGAGAACUACCCCGAAGUCAGCCAGAUUAAAUACCCCAAACCUGGUAGCCCAAACCCCAUCGUGAACUUGCAGUUCUAUGACGUCGAGAAGAAUGAGGUUUUCUCAUUUGACAUGCCAGAAGACUUUGUAGACGACGAACGGAUUAUUAUCGAAAUUGUCUGGGCGUCCGAGGGCAAAGUCUUGAUCCGGGAGACCAAUCGUGAGAGUGAUGUCGUCAAGAUCUUCGUGAUGGACACAAAGGCUCGAACUGGAAAGCUCGUGCGAUCCGAUGAUAUUGCGGCCCUCGAUGGUGGUUGGGUUGAACCAUCCCAGUCGACAAAAUACAUUCCUGCUGAUGCAGCAAACGGCCGCCCUCACGACGGCUACAUCGAUACUGUUAUAUAUGAAGGCUAUGAUCACUUGGCUUACUUCACACCUUUCGAAAACCCCGAGCCCAUCAUGCUGACCAAGGGCAAAUGGGAAGUGGUUCAAGCACCCUCUGCCGUUGACCUGAAAAAAGGUCUGGUAUACUUUGUUGCUACGAAGGAGGCCCCGACUGAACGUCACGUAUACUCAGUCAAACUGGAUGGUUCCGACCUUCGGCCGCUGACCGACACAUCUGCACCUGCCUUCUUCGAUGUUUCGUUCUCUGAUGGAGCCGGAUACGGCUUGCUCAGUUAUAAGGGUCCAGCGGUGCCUUGGCAGGCCGUGAUCAAUACCCACGGCAGUGAGAUUGAGAUCGAACGUCUCAUCGAGGAUAACAAGAAGCUCAGUGAAAUGGUCGAAGACUUUGCACUUCCAGCCGAGGUCUACACCAAUGUCACUGUCGACGGUUAUACUCUUCAAGUUCUCGAGCGCCGCCCUCCACACUUCAACCCUAAGAACAAAUACCCUGUACUGUUCUUCUUAUACGGCGGACCUGGUUCGCAGACAGUGGACCGCAAGUUCACCAUUGACUUCCAAUCUUACGUUGCUUCAAGCUUGGGCUACAUUGUGGUCACCGUGGAUGGUCGUGGAACGGGAUUCAUUGGGCGAGAAGCACGAUGCAUAGUUCGCGGUAAUAUCGGCCACUAUGAAGCCCACGAUCAAAUUGAAACCGCUAAGAUCUGGUCUAACAAGGACUAUGUUGACGAAAGUCGCAUGGCAGUCUGGGGCUGGAGCUAUGGCGGCUUCAUGGCUCUGAAGGUCCUGGAACAAGACGCGGGCGAGACGUUCCAAUACGGCAUGGCCGUGGCACCAGUGACAGACUGGAGGUUCUAUGACUCUAUUUACACCGAACGUUACAUGCAUACACCCGAGCACAACCCCACGGGAUACGAUAAUGCCUCCAUCAGCAACGUGAUGGCAUUGGGCCAGAAUACUCGAUUCCUAAUCAUGCACGGCGUUGCCGACGAUAAUGUUCAUCUGCAGAACACGCUCGUGUUGAUUGACAAGCUGGACUUGUCGAACAUCGACAACUACGAUAUGCAGAUCUUCCCUGAUUCAGAUCAUAGUAUCAAUUUCCACAUGGCGCAUGCGCUUGUUUAUGAACGUCUUUCGAGCUGGCUCAUCAAUGCAUUCAACGGUGAAUGGCAUCGUAUCGCGAAUCCGAAACCGGAGGAGUCAACAUGA